GCAUUCAGUACGGCUUGGCAAAGCGCUUUGAGAAGCCCACCUUUGCCCCUUCCUGGACGGGCGUGUACAAUGCCACCGAGUACCGGGACGCCUGUCCUCAGGUGGGCAUCGGCAAGCCACCCCCGGGAGUGCCCGCUUUCCAGACGUCCACGAUGAGCGAGAACUGCCUCUACGCCAAUGUCUGGGCACCGGCGGUUGAGGUUGGGGCACCGGGCACUAAUCGAAGUGUGCUGGUCUUCAUUCACGGCGGUGGAUUCACUGUGGGCACCAUCUUCAACUUUCUGGUGGACGGGCGGUACCUGGCGGCAAAGGGCGACCUCGUGGUGGUGGCCAUCGCCUACCGAAUCGGCGCCUUCGGCUACCUGUACGGUGGCAUUGCGAGCACACCGGGAAACCUCGGCUACCACGAUCAAAUUUUAGCCUUAAAAUGGGUGAAAGCGAACAUUGCCGCCUUUGGUGGGGAUCCCAGUAAGGUGACCAUCGCCGGUGAAUCCGCCGGCUCCUACUCCGUCGGCGAGCUGAUCCUCUCUCCGCUCGCUAAAGGCCUUUUCCACCGGGCAAUCCUGCAAUCCGGAGCUCCAAACAGCCUCACCGGAGGAAUGCCAAAGAGUCGAUCGCUAGAAAACACCAAAGCCCUUGCUCGGCACCUCAACUGUUCUACCUCCAGUAACCAGGCGAUGGUGGAGUGUCUGCAGUCGAGGCCCCUGCUGUCCAUCGUCAACUACACCGCCAUCGAGUACAGCAGCACCGACCGCUUCUUCACGCCGAUCUACGGCGACGAGGUGGCCCCCCUUGCUCCGGUAGAAGCACUUAAACUCGGUUUCAUCGCCAGCCCCGGUGUGGACCUGCUGUUUGGCGUCUGCAACGACGAGGGCACCAUGUUUGCGCUGAACAUGUUUCCCCAGUACGCCUCCAACGCCACCCACCUGACGGUGGACUCGGUGAGGAGGGACAUAGUUCACGGGACGGUGGUCUACAAGCAGCACUUUGGAGCAGAGGUGGCCGACUACUACACCAAGGAUCUGGUGAACCCGACGCAGGAUCAGCUCAA